AUGGAGUACGCAUCGCUAAGCGGAGCUCAACCCACUCUUCCUCCUCUCGACGUUAUCGCAAUCAACGAUGCUCUUACCAGGGGCCGUCGGGAACUUCACAAUCUUUUCGCACCUUUCUGGAUGACCAGCCGGAGACGGGCUUUCCCGAUUAUGUUCAUGCACCAACCCACAUGGAUCCGCAAAAUUGGUAAACGAGCACUUCUUCAAGAACCUCAAUUUGACGUAAGGUUGCAGAAAAGGGAGUCCAUUCACCCAACUGUUACGAUAGAGCCUCAAGUGACGGCCCUGUCGUGUCAGAUUGACCUUUUCUACUACAGUAAGCCAAAACGUGACGCACGAUCAAAUUAUGAGGCGACAACACUGGCCAUUGUGAAGCUGCACUCAUCUCAUUAA